GGGUCGGGCUAACGGCUUCCGGUCGCGAUGUUUGGGAGGGGCCGGGGAGAGGCGGUGCCCCGCAGCCGCUCCAAGAUGAUGGGCUGCGAGGAAUCAGAGCUGAAGUCGGGGGAAGGGGAGGCGGCCGUAGCGGCCCCGGGGCCACCCCCGGAACCCCGCGCCCCGGAGCCCGGAGCCCCCGUGCCCGAGCCUGGCCUGGAUCUCAGCCUGAGCCUGAGCCCGCGGUCCGAGAGCCCCGAGCCGCCGAACUGCAGCCCGGGGCGGGGGAAGGGGCGGGCAAACCGGCGGGGCGGGGCCCGCAAGGAGCGGCAGGUCCGUUUCCGCCUGGCGCCACCCUCCCCGGUCCGGGCCCAGCCGCUGCCCGUCCCUGCCGCCCCGGGCGAGAAGCCCGCGGCGCCGCAGGACCUGGGUGCGCCCGCGCCGCACAGCAGCCUGGCUCUGAGCCUCGAGCUGCAGGCCGCGCGGGCCGCAGCCGCGGGCCAGUUCGAUGCCGCGAAGGCCGUGGAGGAACAGCUGAGAAAAUCGUUCCAGACCCGCUGUGCCCUGGAGGAGAGCGUGGCCGAGGGACUGAACGUGCCGCGCUCCAGGCGGCUUUUCCGCGACCUGGUGAGCCUGCAGGUGCCCGAGGAGCAGGUUCUGAGCGCGGCGCUGAGGGAGAGGCUGGCGCUCCUGCCCCCGCAGGCCCGAGCCCCGCCUCCAAAGGAGCCCCCUGGGCCAGGGCCGGACAUGACUAUGCUGUGUGACCCAGAAACGUUAUUUUAUGAAUUUCCACACCUGACCCUGGACAGUCUGCCCGCUCUCCGCCUUCAGCUACGGCCCCGCCCUUCAGAGGAUACCUUCCUCAUGCAUCGAACACUAAGGCGAUGGGAAGUGUAGCCCAGGAGGUGCCCAGAAUUGCUUGUAUUUUUGUGUUGAAAGUAACAUAAUAAAGUGGUUUUGCUAACAAA